AUGAACACUCUUUUUCGCCCUUUAUUGCGCUCUGUCGCUGUCCGAAAUGUCCCGCUCGCCUAUCGCCGCCCACCGCCUAUUGUAAGAAGACCCCAAUUCAUGGGAAGUACCUCCAUUCUGCAGCAGGCAAGAUUGGUUGCCAGCAGUGUCUCCGGCCGUCCUGGUAGUCAAAGCCUUGAACAUGCAGCUACAAAUGUGAAGGAAGAACUUGGAAACUCGGCGCAAGAUCUCGCUAAGAUGAUUGCUGGGGCGAAUGUUACUAUGGACAGCGUCGUCGACUCAAGUGGUGCAUCAUUUAUUGGAAUUACUUCUAAGAUUGCCCAUGAAGUACCGCAGCCUAUCUUCGUUCUUGGCUUGGCUGGCGGAAUUCCCUACAUUGCUGCUUCUGCUACUACUGUGUAUUUGGCUCACAAAGCACAGCUCGCAGCCAGCGGCCUUGACAUAGGGAUGGAUCCAGGCGUUGCGUUGACCAUCCUCGAUCAAGCUUUAAAUUUGCAAGUAACUUAUGGUGCAGUCAUGCUCUCGUUCUUGGGGGCAAUGCAUUGGGGUAUGGAAUUUGCAGCAUAUGGAGGCCACAAAGGAUUCCCUCGACUUAUUCUUGGAACCAUCCCCAUGCUGGUUGCAUGGCCCACAUUGGGUAUGCAGCCCAUGACAGCACUUAUAGUACAAUGGUGCGGUUUCACCGGGCUCUGGUACGCUGAUUCAAAAGCUACGGUAGCUGGAUGGACACCCAAGUGGUAUUCGCAAUAUAGGUUCUACCUCUCAAUUCUCGUCGGGACAUGUAUCAUUGGAUCUCUGGCCGGAACAUCAUACUUUGGACCCGUCGCUGGCCAUGGAUUGCUCACUCAUGACCUUGAUGAAUUGCGUGAGGAGAGAAGAAAAACUAUGCCAUCUAAGCAUGGCAUGAUUGUUGGCCCCAUCGAAGCAGUCCCAGCACCUGAAAACGCUGACCAUUUCACCCGCAUACAUAAACGUGAUAUCAAGCAAGAGCAGCAAAAGCAGCAGUGA